AACCCACCCCCACCACCUCGAUCAGUAAACCCUAUAUAUAGCCUCCAUCACCCCCUCCAUUUCCUCACAACAAAAUCUCAUACAUCCUCCUCUUCAAAAGAAAACAACACUUCACAUUCUCCCUUCUCUUUCAAUCCCUCACUCGUAUAUACAUCAAUCUAUGGCCAGGAACACGAACACGGUGAUGAAUUUGGGGGCCCAAGGUCCCCUGGUGAUAUUCAGCAAGAGCGAUUGUUGCAUGAGCGACAGCAUGAAGAUACUUUUCUAUGGUUUCGGUGCGAAUCCUACGAUUUACGAGCUUGACCAGCUUCAAAAUGGGAAGCAACUGGAGAGGGAGCUGGUGGCAUUGGGCCGUGGGCCAAGUGUACCGAUGGUGUUCGUAGGCGGUGAGCUGGUCGGUGGGCCUAAUGAGGUCACGAGCCUCCAUGUCAGGGGGGAGCUGGUGAGGAAACUCCUGAGGGCCAGGGCUAUUCAUAUCUGGAAUAAUGAAAGGAGGGGAUAAAUUUAUUCCAAGCUUCAAUCAAUAAUGAAUAAUUCCCAUAUAUUAUUAUUAUUAUUAUUAUUGCAACUACUAUAUAUAGUCGCUGUUUUUGCUUUUAGCAGUGAUUAAAGAGAAUAUGGCCAUAUGAGCCUUUUUGUUAUGGGAGAGGUAAUUUGAUGAGAGUAAGUGUGUUUUCUGAGAUAUGUAUUUUUCUUUUUCUUUUUUCUGCCUUCUAAAUAAUAUCUUACUUAAAAGUUA